AAUACUUUCGUUUUGCUUGUAAGCAGGGCUCGGCCACACCAAAACAGGUCUCUCUUCGGAAUCCGCGCAGCGUCGAAACCGAACGCGCUUCAUUACAGGCCUGAGGUUGCAGAAAAGGGCCCCUGUCCGACACCCUUGGAGCUGGAUUUUGUUACACCGUCGCUGAAAGAAAAGAGUGAGGGAGGGAGACGGCGAGAGAGGAAGAGGAGACAUCAAAUCAAGUCAGCUUUGAGGAGUCGGGACCAGCUGGUGGAGGAAGACGCGGGAUAUUCGUUGGAUUGUGACGUUCUGGAGCUCCGACCUCCAAGGAGGGAGGAUAGAGUUCUGUAGAGAGUGGUCAUCUGGUCCUGACUUUCACUGAUAACUGCAUCAUGUUGACUGGUCAGCAGGCUGAAGAAAGCACGAGUCCAUUGAACCCGACACACACAGUGGUUCCACGGCCAGGCCGCCACAGAAGGCCCAUGACGGCCCCAAAGACUAUGAAAGAGAAGGCAUCCAAGAGGAAGAAGGUGUUGCUGACCGUGGCGGCAGUUGUGGUGCUGCUGGGAAUACUGGCCACUGCUGCCUACUUUAUUAAGCAGCUGAUUGACAGCAAGUACUUCUUCUGCACCAAGUCCUUUAAGUUCAUCUCAUUAGAUAAAGCCUGCGAUGGAACGGACGACUGCACAGGGGGAGAAGAUGAAAAAACCUGUUUAUCGAGCAUCACAGUCAACACAACAUUUCCAGUGCGCCUCAUGACCCGUCAGAGUGUCCUGCAAGUGUACAAUCCCAGCUCAGGGUGGAGGAGCUUGUGCAGCGAAGGCUGGACCCAGCAGCACACACAAACGGCCUGCAAACAGCUGGGUUACACAGAUGACCCUGGUAGCACUGCUGUUCCCGUCGACACGUUAUCAGCUGAGCUGAGAUCUGGACCGUUCGCUGCACUCAGGUCUUCGGCGGCUAGCACUCCUGUUCAUCAGGCUGCAGUCGACAGGGCGAGAUGCACAUCCGGAGCUGUGGUUUCUUUGUCCUGUUCAGACUGUGGCCAGGUGGGCCAGAAUCGUAUUGUUGGGGGUACGGAUGCCAACAUUGAGGACUGGCCGUGGCAGGUGAGCCUGCAGCAGGGAGGCCAGCACACCUGUGGAGGUUCACUGGUGUCCCCACUCUGGGUCGUCACUGCGGCCCAUUGCUUUGCCGGCAGUAAAAAGGAGCUGAGUCGCUGGAAAGUGGUGUCGGGCCGGACCCACAUGGGCACACUGGGAGGGUCCUCUGUUGACAGGAUCAUACUGAAUGGGAACUACAGUGCAGCAAGGAAUGAUUACGACAUAGCACUCAUGAGACUCACCAGCCCAAUCAAAGUCGGAGUGAGUCGGAGGCCUGUUUGUCUUCCCCCAAGAUCCUUCGGCCUGGCUGCUUCAGCCCCGUUGACAGUUACCGGUUGGGGCUACCUGGAGGAAAAUGGAAACAUUUCUCCAACGCUGCAGAAAGCUGUCGUCCCUCUGAUAGAAAGGGCAAAGUGUUCCAGCCCCACUGUGUAUGGUAGAUCCAUCACUGACAGGAUGAUCUGUGCAGGUUUUCUGGAGGGGAACGUGGACGCAUGUCAGGGCGACAGUGGCGGCCCGUUGGUGUACUUCAUCUCAUCCAGGUGGUAUCUGGUCGGGGUGGUGAGCUGGGGCGUGGGCUGUGCUAGGGAGAGACGGCCGGGGGUCUACUGCAACGUGGAAGAGAUGGUCAACUGGAUACACACGGUCAUUGAGAAAAACCCAUGACGACCCUGCACUGCAAAAAAGACUCUGCUGCAAAAGUGAAGCCGUGGAGCAAUCAUUUCCUCAGCCAAAUGGACGGAUGCUCACAUUUCCACACACUUCUACUUUUUUGUUUUGUUUUAGUGCCAUUUCUGGUAUCUCAGGGCACAAGUGAGUGUAUAUGAGUUGUCACUGAGGGUCUUCAUAGCAGGCCAGUAGAGAGCAAUGCAAGGGAAUGAUAACUUUGGCAGCAUCCUUUGUUUACUUGCCAUCUACAUGGGGAGGUUGGUAGUAUAGCUCUAUGUAGUUAUACCGGGUUGAGGCAUUGAUGAUGCUCAUUCAGUUAAUCUUGGGGACAAAUGCAUUGCUUCACCACACAAAAUAAUGAUUCAAAAACAAGCACUUUUAAGUCAGAAGGCAAUUAUUACUUGACACUACUGUGUGCAUGUGUCAACGACUCAAGCAGAUUGAUGCACUGACCAUUAUUUUCAUUUUUUUUUUCUGUUGGUGCACCUUUGCACAGUCUCCGUUUUAAAGAGUUCCUUUUACAGGUUUAAGAAAGGAAAGCUGGUAUAGUUGACGAUUAAAAAAUAAGCUUGUUAACGUUGGGAUAAACUUAUUAGGGAGUAAAUUGCCAUCACAGAUUGUUGAUUGUAUUGAUCUUGAAGUUGUCUUUAUGCUUUUGUAAAUAUGUAAAUAAAUAAAGAAAGCAUUGCCAAAGAA